AUGGGGACAACCUUGGACGGUUUGUCUUCCCAGCCGUUAGUGAGUCGGCGUCCUGCUGCUCCCACGCUACCGAGCUUUGAGCUUCCACCGCCACAAUUUGGGUUACCUGGUGGGGUCAUAUCCAAAUUUGCCGCUCAACAAAAUCAUCAACAAACAAACCAGUCAGCCGCCAACGUGGCCGUGGGUCACCUUCUCACCCCACCUGCGACAAAUCAGUCCGGAGAAUCAGCGACAGCACAUCACACCUCCGAGUUAGCUCCUUCAUAUUGGUCAGGGACAAGUCCAUAUGGUACCGCUGCGCCGGGAUCUGUGAACCAGAAUUGGGCUUCUGGGGUCAACCCGGGUUAUCAACAACGUCCUGCUUAUUCUCCGGGCUCGAUCGGCCGCGGCGGAGUGACAUCUCCCCCCACCACAGACGGACUUCCACAACCAUUUGAGGCGCCUUCAUUGGCUUCAUUUCAACAAGGCUUACCUGCGCCACCUUCAAGUCUCCCCCCAAAUGCAUCACAUCCCGCGACCAUGGCAUUAUAUCCAUCUGGUCACGGCACUUCUCCCGCACCAUUACCUUCCAACGACCCUUAUGCGCACAAACACCCUUCAAUCUACGGCACCCCACACCAACUGAACACCCCGCACCAACCAGGCUUCUCACCUAUAUACGGAGCCCAUUCUCUCGCAUCUGCAGGUUACGGAAUGAACCACCAAGGACGCAUGCAUCCACAAAGCCCAUCGGGUCAACCGCAUUUGAGCUAUCCCCGCCAACCAUGGCCUUCUUAUUCAUUACCCGCGAUGAACGGACCGGUUAUGACAAACGUGCACAGUCCGAAUAGCCCCAUGGCUAUGAUGGGAGGUAUGCAGCCCGGAAUCUUACCUGGUUUCAACAGUGGACAUGUGGCGAACACACAACAUCUAUAUGGCGGACACAUGCCACCCCAUGGUAUGGCUGCGCCUGCCCCAGAUCGUCCAUUUAAAUGCGACCAGUGCCCCCAGAGCUUCAAUCGCAACCAUGAUCUCAAGCGACAUAAGCGUAUUCAUCUGGCUGUGAAACCAUUUCCCUGUUCUCACUGCGACAAGAGCUUUUCCCGCAAAGAUGCACUGAAGCGACAUAUUCUGGUCAAAGGCUGCGGCAAAGAUGGCGAUUCCGACGGAACGAGCACCCAAACCAACGACGCGAUAAAGGGCGAAGUACGAAGCGAAGACGGCAGUCCUCUCCUGAACGGACAUACCUAA